CCAACCGGCAGCUCGCGGUACCUUGGUCUCACCGUAUUCCUCGGUAGUCCUCUGGUGCCUUCCGGUGGGCCCCGGGGCGCGUACCGGCUCCUCGCCGAUCCUUUCGUUUCGUUUCUUCCGUUCUCUAACUCUAACUCUUUCGUUUUGGUUUUAUGUUUUCCUGGUUCCAGCGGCUUUUUGUUUUUUCGUUUUGUUUUUUGUUCUAUCCUCCCCACGUUUUACUAUUUAGCAGUAAAACGUUGCCCAAGUGUGCCUUGUAACGUCGAGAUUGCACUAACCGACAACAACCGGAACCGUUCCGUGGAUCGCGGGUUUUGCCAUCCGGGUCGCUAUCCUUGGGAAAGCGCGCACGCGGGCUAGUAGUGCCCCAUCCUGCCAGGACAUCGCAAUCAUCGCAGUGUGUGUUUGUGCGUGCAAACAUGCAUAUGGUGCCGCUGUGUUAGUGUUGGCCUUUUUUGGUACGAGCUGCCAGCAGUGUUCCAGCGCCUUGAGAGAGAGAGAGAGAGAGAGAGAGAGAGUGCACUGAUUUCCCAAAAUCUUAGUCCACCGGACAACUACAGAAAUGGCUCAAAGCUGUGUCGCGCUUCUCUCGUCCAUCCUGGUCGUGAUCGUAGCCAUCGGUCUGCUUUGGCUGUGGGCACCACAGUCCAGCCGCUGGGAAUCCGGUGCUGGGCAAACCAAGCAGGCAGCAACGGAUGGGGCAGCAGGGCAGCUAACGCCACCCGAUCCCAGUGGAACCGAUUUUACCGUGCGCUUGUCGCACUCGGCCUUGCACAUGUACGAGUCGGCCGCCGUUUGCAGCGAUUCCGACAUCUGCAGUCAAAUCGGACGUGAUCUACUGCAACGCAAUGGUACGGCAGUUGAUGCAACCAUUGGCAUCAUGCUCUGUGCCGGCCUGACCAACCUUCAGUCGAUGGGGUUGGGUGGUGGCUUCGUGAUGAACAUCUAUCAGCACAAGGAGCGACGUGCGUACACGCUCGAUGCGCGUGAGGUCGCCGCGGGAAAGGCAACCGAGGAGAUGCAUCUGCACGAUCCAAGCACAACGAACGAGGGCCCGUUGUCGGUGGCAGUGCCCGGCGAGCUGCAGGGCUACUGGGAGGCACACAAGCGGUUCGGUGCGCUCCCGUGGGCCGAAUUAGUGCAACCGUCCAUCGACCUGUGCCGACGCGGCAUCCCGAUCACCAAGCAUAUGCAGGACUCGCUGACCUUCAACCGGAAGGCGCUGAACGAUGAGCGGAUCAGAUACAUGUUUUCCGAUCCGGCCACCGGAAAGCUAAAGCAGCAAGGGGAUCACAUUCACCCAGGCGUACUGUGUGACACGCUGGCCGAGAUUGCGGUACAGGGCGGUGAUGCACUGUACAGCGGUGCGUUGGCUAGCCAGUUCGCCGAGGAUUUGCGCGAGAUGGGGAGCAUUCUCACGCUGGAGGAUCUGCGCCGGUACCGUGUUCGGUGGACCGAGUCGCUACCAAUCGACCUGAAUGGAGACACGAUGUGGGUGGUACCGCCGCCGGCGAGCGGCAUCCUCGUCGCCUUCAUUAUGAACAUCCUGAAGGGCUACCGGAUGGAAGCAACGGAUACGCGGAGUGCCGACGCGGUCAUCGCGACGGCGCAUCGUUUUGUGGAGGCGUUCAAGUUCGCCUACGGCAAACGUACUGCCAUCGGUGAUCCAUCCUUCGUUGACGUACGCGAGCUCACCGCUAAUCUCACGUCGGACGGCUAUGCAGAGACAAUACGCCAGCGCAUUGACGAACACCGUACGCACCAUUCGCCGGCCGAUUAUGAUGGAGAGUUCCAUACGCCAAACAACGACGGUACGGCACACAUCUCAGUGCUGGGGCCGCGUGGAGAUGCCGUUUCAGUUACCAGUUCGGUGAAUUUCUAUUUCGGCGCUGGGCUGAUGGGUGCGCGCACCGGUAUUAUAGUGAAUAGCGGAAUGGAUGACUUUGCUUCACCCGGACUGCAAAACUACUUCGGGUUGCCCGGUUCAAAGGCCAACUUCAUAAGACCGUACAAGCGCGCCCUAUCAUCGAUGGCACCGACGAUCGUAACCGAUGCCGAGCACAAUGUGAAGUUAGUUAUCGGUGCGGCCGGUGGAACUAAGAUCACAACCGCUGUGGCAUUGACCUUGAUGCGCGCCCUUUGGUUCGGAUAUGACAUCAAGGAGGCGGUGGAUGCGCCACGCUUCCACCAUCAGCUCAUACCGAUGGCUGUCCAGUACGAGUACGGUAAUCUGGACGUGCUCAUUCGGGGACUGCAACAGAAGGGUCACGAGACGAUGCGCUACCGGGAGCGCGGAUCAAUCAUUUGUGCCAUCGCGCAGAACGCAUCCGGCGUAUACGCCAACGCUGACUUUCGCAAGGGUGGCGAUGUGGCCGGUUUUUGAUGUGGCUUAGCAUUUGAUGCAAAUUCGUCGUUCGAAAUACGGGUGCCAACAACUAUGCGUAGAAUUAAUUAGGCCAUGCAAAAGCAAUACUUCAAGACACAGGACAACGGGAAUGAGACUUACUGCGCUACCUGCAUGGUGGUAGCGAAAUGUUUUCUUUUGCGAGAACGCUUCGUAGAAUCAUUGUUGCAACUGAACUGAUAUUUGAGUGACGAGUCUUUUACCACUUUUCCAAGACAGAGGACAUAUGUAUAAUUAUAUUUGCAGUUGGACUAGUGGUGGAAAAAUACUAUGAAU